GGUCAACAUUCAUAUGAAAAUCUUUAGCUGGCUAUCAACCCUCGACCACUGGUUCUACCAGUAAGGUUAGCUAAUAGUUACUUGUUAAAAUGUAUGUUUUCCCCUAACGAUUUAGCUUGCACGCUAAAGGAAACGAUAUGGGUCAUUUUCAAAUGAGCUGAAAACGUGCAGAAUCGUAUUGAGUUAGUAGUGAAUUCUCUGUCUCUCAACAGAUAGAAGUAGUCUAAGUCCCGAUUGGAGAAGGGCUCUUCCAGUGGAGCAGCCUGGAGUGAGUGACCAAUCAUGGGCCGUCUGGACGAUGCUGCCAAGCGCAAGGUGGUGGAGUUGCGGCAGGCGGGUCUGAGCUUCCGCAAGAUCAAGGCGGUGCUGGAGCUGGAGAACAUCCGGGUGUCUGCCCAGGCCAUUUACCUGUACCUCAAGGAGUUCCAGAGGAAGAAGGUUCAGAGGGGUGGUGAAGGUGCUGCAGCCACAGACCCACAGACCACACCUGGGGUUGGAGCAGCGAGGGGAGAUGGUGGAAGCCGGGAGGGCUGGAACGACCAGCAAAUACGGAAUCUACUGAGGGAGGCGUCACGCCACGCAGGCUAUGUUGCAGCGUCAGAGUUCGCCAAGCAGUGUCCUGGCUCCAAUCCUCCUGAGGUCAGGAGUCAGGGGCCGUCUGGGACAGGAAGCGAAGGCGCCAGCAGAGGACAGAGCAACAGGACAGAGAAACCGGAGGAAGGGAACAAGAAGGAGGAUGAGGAUAUCCAGAUUGUCAGUGUCACAUCAUUGGCUCAGAACUCUCAACAGAGGGGUCUUCCACCCGCAGGAACAGCGGCUGUGACUGUGACAGGCGCCUACAUGCGGAAGAGAGCCACGCCCUCGCCAGCUACUAACCCCAUACUGGCAGCACGCAAAAGGCUUCUGGAUAAGGCUUUGUCUCAUAGAGCAAAGAUAAGAGACUCUUCUUAUCAGUCCUACCAGCAAGUAGCAGCUCUGCUGAGAAGAGAACAGUCUAAUGCUUCUGAUGUACAGAGACCUGUGGCAGCAGAUCAACCACAGUCCUAUGACCCAGUCACUCAGAGGCUUACUCAAGUGAGGAAUUUGGAUAGCCAGCAAGGAGGCAGUGUUCCCAGACAGAUGUUCCAGCAGAGAGUCGGUGGCCAAGCUGUCCGCUCCCCACACCCUGCUCCUCCCCGUGUGGGUAUCCGGCUCCCCAACCCCCCACCACCACCACCCACCUCCCAGGGUAGUAGCCCUGUCAUCCGCCUCCAAAGCCCUGGGAGCCAGGGCAUGAACCAGGGCCUUCUCAGGAGAGACAGGAACCCCAGCCCUCAGCAGGCAGCUCACCAGGAGGCUGGAGAGAGAUGUGGUGGAGGUGGGGGUCUCCAGGAGCAGGUCCAGACCCUGGGCUCUGAGAUCCACAGCCUGAGCCUGGCGGUGCGCAUGCUGGUGGAGCAGCAGUACCGGCUGGAGAGGGAGCAGGUCCAGCAGACCCAGGUCCAGAAGCAGAUUCUCAGCACCCUGCAGACCCUGGCCUCCAGACUGGAGGCACCCUGUACCAGCCUCCACCAGCAGCGACAGCAUGCCAAAACUCCCCCACCCCCGGUCUUACCUGUCUUAGGCUCUGCCUCCUACAGCCAGGACACAUUCCCCUUCAGCCAAGGAGGGUAUGCUCAGUGCAGCCAAGCCCAGCCCAGCUACAACGGGAUGGACAGCUCCAGUCUGGAGACCAUAGAGACCUUCAAACUGUCCGGACAGAGCCCCCGUGGCAUCAACGGCUUCCAGACGGGCAGCAGCAGUAGUACCACCGAUAGCCUCCUGCUCACACACACCCCUACAUACACGCUGGCGCACACACAGCCUUACUCAUCAGCCUACACACAGCAGCCACACACUCAAACACACAUGCCCUCAUGCACACAGUCUUACGCCACCACAUACACGCAGUCACACACACAGUCCUAUAGAGGAACAGACAGUACAGAAUGUCCCAGCACCAGCACAGAGGGAGCUCUCCAGGACUGCAUGGCCCCCACCCAGGCCUCUGUUGACCUGGACUCAGACAUCACAGUCUCCCCACAGGAAACCCAGCUCAACAUCAUUAAAGUGGAGGCACUCUAACAUGCUGACCAGA